AUGUUUACAGAGAACUACAGAGUUCGUCAACAGGGGAACGUUGGCCUGGUGCAAGGCUACCACUUCGGGGAUAACGUCUUCUAUGACGGUACCAAAGCCGACUUGACAUUGAAGCAUAUAUCACUCGAGACUCAUAAUGAAGUGAAAGCGAAGUGGCAGGUUUCUGGGACAUGUGACUGGCUCUUGCAAAAGAGUGAUUUCCAACAAUGGGAAAGAAUGGAGACCGAAUACUCAUUCCUCUGGCUACACGGCCGUCGCGGGUGCGGGAAAUCUACUAUGAUGUCUCGUAUAAUCGAGAGUAUCUACGAGAACCAGUUCGUUUCAAGAAAUCCGGAUUCUAUCCAUCUUCUAUACUUCUACGUUGGCCAGGGCGAUGAGAAAGAAAAGGACAAGCUCUAUCGAAACAUGCUGGUGACUUUUUGGCAACAAGCCAUCAAGAAAGCCGAAGGGCGACCAAUAAACAUAUUCGGAGGCCAUUAUCCUCCUGAGUUCAUCGAGAACGAGUUGCACAAGUUGCUUGUUUCAUCACAGCGCGAUGUGUACAUUGUCAUUGACGCACUAGAUCAGCUUCCCCAUGAUUCUCAACAUCGGCUGAUAGAGGGCCUCAACAGUCUAGUCCAAAAAUUUAAGGCCGAGAAGUGCAACGGCCGCCUUAGCGUGGCUAUUAGUUCUCGCGACUGCGAUGGCAUUGAACACUUGCAAACGCAUAACCUGUUCCCAGUUGAAAUAACAGCAGAAAACAACAAACAGGACAUCGAAAAGUAUCUAAAGCAAAAUCUUCGAUCAGACCUUUUUGAGAGGAAACCGGCACUUAGAAAACAAGUUUUUGAGGAGUUGAACAAAAAAGCAGAUGGAAUGUUUUUAUGGGUUAGCUUGCAAACGUCGAACAUCUGCAGAAUGAAGAUGGAAUCACAAAUCUUGAACGCCCUAAAGAGCAUCAUACCCCCACAGAACAUACAUAAGUUGUACGAAUCCUAUGCCGAAGAAUUUGAGACCACAGAAGAACCAAUCAGUCAGCAGAUAGCUCAGCGGACGGUAGCCCUAUUAGCACACAACUCGGGAUCCAUGUCAAAAGACGCCAUUCUUGAAGCCCUUUCGCUGGACGCCACAGGGAGAAUGGACCAGGAACUUCAUAAGGAGUUAGACCAAAAUCCUACUACUAUCAUUGUUUUCUGCAGUCAUCUGAUUCGCAUCAACGAAAAUCUUGGGGUUUUCCAAUUUUGCCACGAGACUGUAUUUGACUUCUUUAGGGACUACAAGACAGUCACGUACAACCAGCGGAUCGCGGAACUAUGUCUAUCUCACCUGUGCUCGCCGGACUUCUCUCACGGUCCCCGAAGUGAUGCUACCUGGUACAGUCCCGGUAGUCUUGGGCCUAUUUUACGUUGUCAUCCAUUCCUACAAUAUGCAUCCUCUAAGUGGCCGACCAGCGUCAAGGAGAGCUUUCGUCCUAAAGCUGAAGAGGGCGAUCAGGGGUGCCAAGUUAAGGUUCUCAAUUGGCUUGAGGUACUUCUUGGUAGUGACGAGGAGGGGAAAAGUAAAGAAAACCUACAAUUGGCGUUCCAGGUAUAUUUGUUCCACGUAGGCAAGACAAUGCCGCGUGGGGUCUGUCAUGAGCAUAUAAUCAGCUACUUUGCUCUUGUUGGGCUCUUUGAAACUUCGGGAUGGUUUGAUCUGGCUAAGUGUGAUGGCGAAGGGUUAACACCAAUCCAUUGGGCCAUACGAAACGAGACCGGCGUCGAUGCCACAGCCACAGUUACUGAACUUAUUACGCACGGUGCCGAUAUCAAUGCGAAAGACAGCAAGGGUCGCACCCCCAUGUAUUACGCGGCCCACAGCGGAAAUAUACGUGUAAUACGGUUGCUCAUUAAGAAGAACGCUGAACUUGAUUUGACAAAUCAAGACGGGGAGACUGCUUUGAUUGCCGCUUGUAGAAAACACAACGAGAGCGUGGUACUGUGUCUCGUUGGGGCCGGAGCGGACGUCAAGAUAGAGAGCGCCUUCGGCACCGCCCUGCAAGCCAUUUCGGUAAUUGGAUGUUGCGAGUGUGCUGGGGCCAUACUCGGCCGAUAUGGUAAUUCCAGAAUCAUCGAAAAUCAUGAUCCGUUCGGCACUUCUCUUCAUGCUGCAGCAUUUUAUGGCCACUCGGAUCUUGUUAAACUUCUAUGUACGAAGAGAACGAAUCGUCGCGCAACGCAUAGAACAUAUGGCAGUCCUAUAACUGCAGCAGCUACAGGAUACAAUCCAGGGCUGGAUCCAGCCCCUUUCAUGGAGAUAAUACAAGUGCUCAUUGCACAUGGGGCAAAGGUCAACGACCGAAGUGGUCUAGUUGGGCCAGCUCUUCGUGCUGCAGCCUACCAUGGGAGCCCGGACCUUGUUAAACUGCUUUUAGAGAAAGGCGCCAAGGUCCGCAAAGCUAAGGGACCAAUGGGCACAGCGUAUGAAGCCGCAGAUGAGCGCGGUCAUCAAGAAGUCAAGGACAUUUUGCUAAUGAAUGACGCAAAAGCCGCAAGAUACGCCGGGAGCCAUUCCACCGCAGCGCAGGGACGCCAGCUCGUCCAGCGACGAGUCUUCAACGCCACAGUCAAAGCGAGCAGCAUGGAGACUAUCAACAGCCUCAUUACACAGUUUGAGAAAUUCUUUGAAAAAGAAAUCCCCAAGGGUGACACUCCCUUCCUCAGAGGAUUAGCCAAACUUGGCGAAGAUUGCUUUCAGGAUGUCAUAAAGUUGGCUACAAGGUCGCAUAAUGGGAGCAACGAGAAUAAACCAGCGAGAGAACAUGGAAAUGGCGGUAGAUCGCGUUUCCGGGACACUAUGCUCGGGCUUUUAUGCAUACCUGGGAAAUUCAGCGAACCAGAUUCGAAAACUAAGCCCGCAGGGACGUCCCCUCAUCUCCUCAGAGCAGCAAGCACAUUUGUUGUAGACGGACUUGGAGAGCAUUUCCAACAAGUUUUAGAUCGGAUGACCCAGGCUGCAGUAAAAAUACUAGAGAUUGCGAUUGCGAGCGAGAACGAAACCGUGAUAGGAUUAAUCGCUAAUACCUGGGGCGAAGCGCUGAAUAACCUCGUCUCAUACCCCGGAUUUGGGGAGUCAAUGCUAGAAAUGGUAGUUAAGAAGCGCGCGGACGAUUUGAAGGACUAUUUAACAGACCCCAACUUGAGCCUGGAAGAAAGGCUCGGAAAAGCCAAAGCCUUAGCCUUGGUCGGAAUUGAAUUGCUCCUAACGGCUGUUGAGCGCGGGCAGAGGGGUGCACAUUUGGCCUUUGUGAUUUCUAAGCUUUGGGUUAGAGCGCUUAAUGAUGUCGAGGAUUUGGGCGAAGAGGGAGAGGCGCCAAUACAGGAAUUGAUCCACGUAUUUUCUAAGCGCUUCUCAAACGCGAUCAGAACCCAAGAUCGAAUCAACGCCGAGACCUGCGGCCAUGGUGGCAUUGAGCUUGUGAGGACGGCGGCGAUGAGCCCUAAGACCGAGUUGCUCGACAAGUUAAGCAAGGAGUGGAUGCUGUGGUGGGGGGUGGCUCUCGAAGGAAACAUGGAAUAUAUGGUCAAGGAGUUGGUGAGCCGGCGAUGGAAAGAAUACCAACGCUGCAUCAAGGAUAACAAGUAUGAGGAAGCUCGUGGUCUCGAGAUUGCGGGUAUAACCGUGCUUCGCACAGCUUUCAAGCAUGAAAACGAGUCCACGAUAUCUACACUGCAACCAUACAUCGAGUCCGGGUUCCAGUUGAUACGAGAAAGGUACACAAACUCUGGCCAAUUGGCAGAGUCCCCGCCCGUGCGGAACUCAUCUGGGGAUGUAGGAAUUCUUCUCAAUGCCCUCAUACGUUUACUUGCGACAUCUGAAGAGAAGCAACCAGACAGAUUGAGAAAUUUGACUUCGAAAAUUCUCGAUUUUACGAGAGUUGCAAUAAAUGACGAGAAUCAACUGAAAGAGAUCAUAAACAAUCAAAUUGAAGGGACUUCUCGAAUUGUCAUACCGGCUGAGCGUAAGGGGCAGCUGAUCCAGAUCUCCAGGGCAAUCCUGUUUGUCCUAGAUGUCGCAUUGUGUUCAGAGGAUGAGAACACUGUCAUAUUAUCGAUACUCAAAGACGUGGCUUUGGAAAGUCUAAACAGAGCAUUACCACGGUUCACAGAAAUGGAAGAAGUUCAUCGAUAUAGAAGAGCUAUUAUGAACCUGAAUCAAGAGAAUUGA